CUUGCUGUGCCUGCCUGCCUAUAAAGAGAAGAGAGGAGAAGAGAAGAGAAGCCCAAGGGAGAGGUACAGUGAGAGGAAGGGAAGCCAAGAAAACCCUCUCUCAACUCAUCUGCCCUGCAGCUUGCUGGUGGUGGUAGGUACAUGUUGGCACGGAGGAUCCAUCUCUAGGAAGAGAUCACCAUCCUCCUCCUCCUUCGCUCCUGGCCCAAGAUCAUCAGAUACGGUCCGCAAUGGAGUGCAGCUCCGAUGAGUCAUCAGAGCUGAGUGAUGCAGAUAUUGAUGGCUAUGCUGAGAAGUCGUACUUGGACCUGAAGGCUGGCAGGCUCGUGGCGAGGCUGGGCAAUGACAGGUUCAGAUGCCCAUUCUGUCCAGGUAAGAAGAAGCAGGACUACCGUUACAACGAGCUGCUUCAGCAUGCCGUUGGGGUGGGUGCAUCCAACCGUGCUGCAAAGGUGAAGGCAAACCACCAGGCCCUGGCCAAGCUUCUCAAAGAGGACCAUGCUGAUGCAGCAGGCACAUUGCCACCGCAACAGGCUGUUGCACUGAGUAACCCUCGGAAGCCAGUUCAAGAUCAGGACAUGUUUGUCUGGCCCUGGAUGGGAAUCCUCACUAACGUUCCAGCCGAGCAAGCGGAGAGGGGUGGAGCAAUCCUGAUGCAGCAGCUAGCUGAUUUCAAACCCUUGCAGUUUACUGCUGUCUUCUGUGCCGAUGGGUACACUGGCUAUGGGAUUCUCCGCUUCACCAAGGAUUGGAUUGGGUUCAAGAAUGCCUUAGCAUUCCAGAACCAUUUCAAGUCAGUGCGCUUGGGUAAAAUGGACUGGAAGGAAACAAAUCGACAGGGAAAGCAUAUGUAUGGAUGGGUGGCAAAAGAAGAAGACUAUAAGUCAGAUGAUCCAGUUGGUAGGUUCCUGUCAGCCAAUGGUGACCUGAAGACAGUGUCUGAUCUGGAACAUGAGAUGUCCCGCAAGACUGAGAGUAUCAUAGCUAAUUUGACACAAGAGAUUACAGCUAAAAGCAUGUAUUUGCAGGAGCUAGAGUGCAAGUGUAAUCAAAUGAAUCUCUCUCUUCAAAGGGCGAUGGAGGAAAGCGACUUGCUGCACAAACGUUACAACGAAGAAAUGCGCAAUAUGCAGUCUGCUGCCCGUGAACAUACACAGAGGAUUUUUCAAGAGACUGAUCAGCUGAGAAAACAGUUGGUUGAGAAAGAGAGUUACAUCCAAAGGAGAUCGAAGCAGCUAAAUGAGUUAGUUGCUCAAACCGACAUGGAAAGAAGAAAACUGGAGAAAGAGAGGACAAAGAAUGCUGAGCAAAACAAUUCCCUUAACAUGGCUAUAAUUGAGCAACAAAAAGCUGAUGAAAAAAAGCUAAGGCUUCUUGAGAAACAAAAGAAAGAGAAGGAGGUUGUUCUGAACAAAAUCCUGCAGUUAGAAAGGCAGCUGGAUGAAAAGCAAAAGCUGGAGCUGGAUAUACAGCAGCUUAAAGGCAGACUGGAGGUUGUGAAACACAUGGAGGGAGAGGGUAUUGAUGUGAAGAAACGUUCCGAGGAGCUGACUGCGGAACUGAACCAAAGAAUUGAGGAGAUGGAAGAUCUAGAAGCUCUCAAUCAAGCUCUCAUCAUUAAAGAAAGGAUGACCAAUGAUGAGCUGCAAGAUGCAAAAAAAGAGCUGAUCUCGGGUUUGACAGAAUUAUUAGGCCCACGUAGCAACAUUGGGAUCAAGAGGAUGGGUGAACUUGAUGAGAAGCCAUUUCUUGUAGCUUGCAAGCGAAGGUAUGGAGAUGACGCUGAAAUGAAAGCAGCUGAACUUUGUUCCAUGUGGCAAGAGCAUCUGAAGGACCCUAAUUGGCAUCCUUUCAAGAUGGUGACCAUAGGCUCAACGACAAAGCAAAUCAUUGAUGAACACGAUGAGAAACUGGUGGAUCUGAAGCAGCAGCUCGACGAAGAGGUCUACAAGGCUGUGACUACAGCGUUGCUGGAGAUCAACGAGUACAACGCUAGCGGCAGCUACGUGGUCUCUGAACUCUGGAACAACAAAGAGAACAGAAAAGCCAGCAUAACGGAAGCCAUACAGCAUGUCCUGAAGCAAUGGAAGACGCAGAAGCGUAGAAGAUGAUAUGCGUCUCACCACCGGAACAAGCCAAGUUUAGGGACAGCUAACUGUCAGCAUCACCGGCCAGUUCAGAGGCUACUUCUACUGAAGAUGAACUGUGGUGGCGUUCUCCAUGAUUUAGCAGAACUUUUUUUGUCCAAAAAAAAAGAAAACUAGAUUGGAGAGUAUCCUAGAAUAUACUUAUUUUCUUGGUGAACUGUAACUUUUUGUGGUGCCAUCAGUUGAUACUGGUGCGGGUAUGGACCUGUCUCGAUAAUGUGGUGAUGUGCCAUUUUUUUUUCACUCCAGCAACAGAUUUUAUUUAGGCGGAACAGGGUUAGCACCUGGUGAUUUUCUGUGACAUGAACUGGGUCUCAUCUUGUUUCCAUGAGGUAACUUGUCUGUGAUGAAUGAUGCAUAGUAAUAUGGUAUGGUCGCA